AUGAUUGAGGUUGUAAUGGUGAACCGAACUAGCAAGUAUAACGAGGUUGUAAACAAUAAAGGAAAAGCGCUAGAUCAGAAUAUAAAACAGAUCACGAAUAGCAAACACCUUGGAUCGAUCUACAACCGGCUACAAGCUCUUGAAGGAUCAUCUUACUCCAAGUACAACAGAGAGAGGAGUCCAACACCCAACCACCCUCCCUUUCAUUGUAAUGCCAUCAUAAGAAAAAGCAACAACCGCCAAGUUCAUGAAAACCGUGAAGAAGAAGAAGAAAGAGAGUAUGAGGAACAAUCACUUGAUGAAGAUGAAGAGCAGAGCAUCGACAUCAAUGCUUCUCCAAAACAGAGCAAGGAUACACCUAGCCCUAUUGAUCCUCGUUUCUCACCACCACCAAGAAGUCAAGCUUCUGAACUUCCAAGAUUGGAAGUAAUGCAAAGACCACCACCACCUACUGAAGAAGAAGAUACUUGGCAAUAUGAUCCCAUUGAUCCCAACAAGAUAAGCCCCAUGAAGCUUAAUGAAUUCAAUGCUAAGUGUCCCCCAAAGAACUGGGAGACUAGGUCGUGGUCUGGAGAUGGGAGACGGCCAUCAGGAGCACUCCACUGCAACUGGGUUGCUCUUGGCUCACUCGAUCGAGCUUGUGGCUCCUCUUCCUCCUCUUCUUCAUCUCAAAGUGGGUGUGGCUUCCUUGGCCUUGGUGGAGCAUUGGCUAGCUCGACUGUAGGGGUCCAUCUACUGGGGAAGUCCUGGUACUGGGAUCGUAUUCAAAUCCCGGAUCUCAAACUGGGGCUCCUCCAGGUCAACUCGACCGUCAGCUCGAUCGAGUUGAGUUUCCUCUGUUUGGACUCGAUCGAGUCCGGUGGUCGAGCUGGAGCGUCUGGCCUUGGAAGUCUUCCUCCUUCUCUGCGUGUUGUCUUCUCCUUCCCUUGGCUCGAAAGAAGAGGCUCUGUGAGGCUCUUGGGCAGGGAGCCUCCUUUGAGUGGUGAGGAGUGA